ACUUCUUUUCUCUUCACCAAUCUCUGACACAUAAUUACAUUGUCCUCACUUCUUUUAAAAGCAUUGUAGAAGUACAAUUAAUCAAUUUUUUAAAUAUGAGUGAGACUCAGUAGGAGACCAAGACCGGUGAAGAAAACAAAGAAAAAAAGAUGAGCAUCAGUGCAGGGAAGUUGGUGUGUGUGACUGGUGCUUCUGGCUAUAUUGCUUCAUGGAUUGUAAAGAGUCUUCUCCAACGUGGUUACACUGUUAGAGCCACUGUUCGUGACCCCAGUAAUUCCAAGAAGGUUGAGCACUUGGUUAAACUUGAUGGUGCAAAAGAAAGGUUGCAUCUGUUUAAAGCAGAUCUAUUGGAAGAAGGUUCCUUUGACUCUGUUGUUGAUGGCUGUGAUGGUGUCUUUCAUACUGCUUCACCUGUUCGUGGUGCUGUCAAAGAUCCACAGGUUGAAUUGAUUGAUCCAGCAGUGAAGGGAACUCUUAAUGUUCUUAAAUCAUGCGCGAAAUCACCGACUGUGAAACGAGUUGUCUUAACUUCUUCUGUUGCUGCAGUUAUAUUUAGUGGAAGGCCUUUAAGUCCAGAAGUAGUGGUUGAUGAGACAUGGUUUUCAGAUCCAGAUAUCUGUAGGGAAUUAAAGAGGUGGUACUCACUUUCAAAGACUUUGGCUGAGGAUGCUGCCUGGAAAUUUGUAAAAGAAAACAAAAUUGACAUGGUUGUUAUUAACCCUUGCAUGGUGGCAGGACCUCUCUUACCACCAGAGGUUAAUUAUAGUGUUGAGCCAAUUUUAAACCUAAUUAAUGGUUUCCCAUUUCCAAAUUUUUCUAUGGGAUGGGUCAAUGUGAAAGAUGUUGCUAAAGCACAUAUUCAAGCAUAUGAGAUUGCUUCAGCUAGUGGAAGAUAUUGUUUAAUUGAGAGAGUGGUACACUACUCUGAAAUUGCAAGGAUUUUAGGUGAUCUGUACCCAACAUUACAAAUUUCAAACAAGUGUGAGGAUGAUGGGCCGUACACACCAACAUAUCAAUAUUCUCAAGAAAAGGUUAAGAGCUUAGGAAUUGAGUUCACUCCUUUGGAAAUAAGUAUCAAGGAAACCGUUGAAAGUUUUAGAGAAAAGAAGAUUGUCAAAUUUUGAUCUAAGUUAUCCGCUUGAUGAAUAAAUUCAUGAUAAAAUAUCAUGACAACUUUUAAUUCUCA